AUGGAGGACCAGGUGGGCUCCCCCGCCGCGUGCAUGGUGUCGGCUCGGGAGACCGAGAAGUGGAUGGAGGAGGCGAUGCGAAUGGCCAAAGAAGCACUCGAAAAUAUUGAAGUUCCUGUUGGCUGUCUGAUGGUCUAUAACAAUGAAGUUGUGGGGAAGGGAAGAAAUGAAGUGAAUCAAACGAAAAAUGCUACUCGGCAUGCUGAAAUGGUGGCCAUCGAUCAGGUCCUAGACUGGUGCCAUCAACACAGCCGUAGUCCUGCAGAAGUGUUUGAACACACCGUGUUGUAUGUCACCGUGGAACCUUGUAUCAUGUGUGCAGCCGCUGUCCGCCUCAUGAAAAUCCCGCUGGUCGUCUAUGGCUGUCAGAAUGAACGGUUUGGUGGUUGUGGUUCCGUCCUAAACAUUGCCUCUGCUGACCUACCCAAUACUGGGAGACCGUUCCAGUGCAUCCCUGGGUACCGUGCCGAGGAGGCUGUGGAACUCCUAAAGACCUUCUACAAACAAGAAAACCCAAACGCACCAAAAUCAAAAGUUCGGAAAAAGGAUUGUCAGAAAUCCUGAUGUUCUGAUGGAAGAUUGGUGCCCUUUGGGGACCUGGACAGAAUUCCUGACUGAGAGCGGCUGCCUUCACUGGCCAUGUUUAUAUGUUGUUGUUACUGCGUGGGAAAAUGGUGUCUCUCCUCAUAUGUCAUUUGCUCUGUUAAGGGAACAAAUGAGCCCUUUUUAAAGUCUGACAAACGUAAACAACUAUUAGCUCUCCCCAAGCUGAAAGAGUGUCUCAGGGAGGGGAAAGAUUAAGCUUUUGAAGUCACAGAGCUCAGCAAACAGUGCCUGUUUCAGCCACAGCCUUAGUCCCGGUCUUAAGGAAGCUCUUAGGGGGCUGGGAAGAUGACUGAGUGAUAAAGAGCCUGCUGUGCAAGCAAAAGGCCUCCAUCCCCAACACCACGCACAAAUGCCAGGUGCUUAAGAGGCAGAAUUGGGUUUCCGAGAUCCCAAAGCAAGCAAGUUGGGUUAGCCCUUAUUGGUGAGCUCUGUGUUCCCAUGAGACACUGCCUCAGCGAGGGAAGUGAAGAGUGAUCUAGCAGACCCCCCAGGAUUCAACCCUAGACCUCACAGUGCACCUACUCCCACACAAAUGCAGACACAAGCUGCAAAUGCAGAAACCGCACAUCACACAUUGACACCACACACGCACGCAUGCGCACGUGCACGCGCACACACACACACACACACACACACACACACACACACACAAGCAAAACAAAAGUCUUUGGAGGACUGAUCAAGUAGAAGGAAAGAAAGAAAGCCUUGGGCUUUUACUGGGUGUUCCAGUUCUGCGCAUGCUUCCGCCAGGGUAUGGGGACCUGGGCUCGUGCUGGUUUGUAAUAGGAUUUUAUAUAUGACUGUGUAUGUCAGGGGUUCGUGUGUGGAGGCGAAGGACAAUCUCAGUUGCCUUUCCUUAGAUGUAGUCCCCUUUCCUUCCUACUGUGUUUGUCUGUUAGCACAGGUUUCUUACUGGCCGGAAACUUAUCAUUCAGCUAGGCCGGCUGGCCAGGAAUGCCCAGGGUCCCACCUGUGUCCUCUAGUGCAGGAAUUACAGGCAUGUGCCACCCCCCCCCCGCUUCCCUCCCUUCUUCUUUUAAAUGUGAGUUUAGGACAUUGAGCUCAGGUCCCUUCUGCCACUGUACGGUCAGAUACCCUUCUCUCCAGCCCUAGAACAUUUUUUAAAGUAUUUAGAUAAAAUGGUUGCUUUUUAAAGUAAAUGCUUAAGGGUCAUUUUUGAAUCAUCGCAUAUUGCUACAAUAAAAUUGUAUUCCUGCCUUCUUUGAAGAGGAAUAGUGUUAACUAAUGAGUGCAGGAGGGAUGGCUCAGGGGUUAAGGAUAUAUACCGCUCCUUCAGAGGAUACAAGUUGGAUUCCAGCACCUACACUAGGCACCUUACAACCGCCUGUAAUUCCAGUUCCGUGGGCUCCAAUACCCUCUUCUGGACUCCUUGGGCACCUACACUUACAUGUGCACACAUUUCCACAAUUUACACACACACACUUAAAACUUUUUUUAAAGAUAAAACUGAAAGUGUAGUUCUUUAUAAUAGAGCAAGUAUUGUGUCAAGGUCCAUAUCUUCCUAGAACAAAACAAAGACGCAUUAUACUUCAAAACAAAAGACCUCGUUCUCAUGAGAGAUGGGUGAAAAAGUAUGUGACUUGCUGGAGAAUGCUAGGUGCUGCUGGGCAUAAUGGUACCCACUGUAAUGCAGCAUUGGGGAGGUAGGAGCAAGAGGGUCAUGACUUCAAGCCUGAGCUGUGUAGGAUCCCCCCACCCCCACCCCCGCCAAAUUACAGUCAGAUGACACUUGGGAUAAGAAUGCUGGGAUGAUGGUUACAGGUUUGAAUAAAAUGAUCCAUUUAACCCGAAAUGACAAAGCCAUUACUCUUUCAAAUACAACUGAUAACAUUUAAAUUGAGUAGCUAAAAAUUUGACCUCACAACAAAAUCUUCAAGAAGGGUCACACGCAGGCAAGGUGCAGUGCGCGUCUGUGCCCAACAGGGGGCCUCGCCGUUCCACCGCAGGGCCAGCGCCAGCGCAGCCGCAUUUCUUCAGCGCAUUCAAGUCCUUGAUGCAAAGCGGCUGUGUUUGUUGACUCUGCCAUUUGAGCGCCUUCUCCGACUUGUUUGUUUUGAAUUACAUUACAGGCUGGAAUGUGA